CCAGACGCUGUUGAUGUUCAGGCUUUACGCGCGUGGAACGUAUUUUUUCCAGCCUUUGGAGGAUUUACAACAGAAAAACGUGAAUUCCUUCAUCAAGUUAAACUGAUCUGGCUCAUGACGGUUUCUCUCAUACUUUACAAUCUGCGGCUGUAAAGUUUAGUCCUGCGUCUCCCCGAGGGGGCUGAUGGGAGCGGAGAGAGGAGGGAAUGCUCCAUCUGCGCGCUACUGGUGUUUUCCUCCAAAACCCCUGAUCCUGGCUGAUUUGCGCGCUGUGGUUUCAGCGGCUGGACUCGGCUGCCGGAUCGUCCCUGUUGGAUCUACAGGAUGCAGCUUCACUUCAACCCACAGCUCGAGCAACCGACGUGGAUCUGUGUGACAUAUUCUUCUUGACAUUUCGAGAUAAUCCUCGGAUCAACCCUGUUCAAGCCCACUUUCCAAACCACCCUUUGGCGCAAUGAUUUUAACAACUUUCGCCAUCUUAUUGUUCUUCCUGGACUCGGUGGUCACCUUGAAGGGCGACGGCGGCGCAGCCUCCCGGAGCGCGCGCCUGGACUGCGUGCGGGCCAGCGAGCAGUGUCUGAAGGAGUACUCCUGCAGCACCAAAUACCGGACGAUGAGGCAGUGUGUGGCGGGCAGGGAGAGCAACUUCAGCGCGGUCUCCGGUCUGGAAGCGCAGGGCGAGUGCCGCAACGCCAUUGACGCCAUGAAGCAGAGCCCCCUGAACAACUGCAGGUGCAGGAGAGGCAUGAAGAAGGAGAAGAACUGCCUCCGGAUCUUCUGGAGCAUUUUUCAGAGCCUACAGGGUAACGAUUUGCUGGAAUAUUCUCCAUAUGAACCAGUCAACAGCCGCCUGUCAGACAUCUUCCGGCUGGCGCCCAUCAUCGCCGCCGAGCCUGCAUCCACGAAGGAGAACAACUGCCUGAACGCUGCCAAAGCCUGUAACCUGAACGACACGUGUAAGAAGUACCGCUCGGCGUACAUCAACCCCUGCACCAGCAGGGUGUCUGCCUCCGAGGCGUGCAACAAGCGCAAGUGCCACAAGGCCCUCCGACAGUUCUUUGACAAGGUUCCAGCUAAAUACAGCUACGGGAUGCUGUACUGCUCCUGUCCAGCAGGGGACCAGACGGCCUGCGCGGAACGCAGACGACAAACCAUCGUGCCCGUCUGCUCCUACGAGGACAAAGACAAACCCAACUGUCUGUCUCUGCAGAGCUCCUGCAAGACCAACUACAUCUGCAGGUCAAGGCUGGCAGACUUCAUCAGUAACUGUCAGCCAGAAGCUCGCUCCAUCUCCGGCUGUCUGCGGGAGAACUACGCUGAUUGUCUGCUGUCGUACUCAGGACUCAUCGGUACGGUGAUGACGCCCAAUUACGUGCGAUCUCUUGGAAUCAGCCUCUCGCCGUGGUGCGACUGCAGCAGCAGCGGGAACGGCAAACCGGACUGUGAUAAAUUCUCAGAGGUUUUCACCAAGAACAGAUGCCUGCGUAACGCCAUCCAGGCUUUUGGUAACGGCACUGAUGUCGGAGUUUGGCAACCCCAACCCCCCAUCCAGCCCACGGCAGCAGAUCCAAGCAUCAGCCGGAGAGCCAAGGAGCGGACCGCCGGGGCUCUGGACGCAGACAUGACCAAACCGCAUCUCGACAGGGACUCGCUAUAUCACAUCUGCGGAACCUUACAGGCCCAGAAGCUGGUGUCCAAUCAAACGCUGGAUGCUGAGCAGUGUGUGAACCAUCAACUGGACGAGUCCAGCGACUCCAACGCCGUCGCCAGAAGUUCCCCGGCCGAGCUCGGCUGCCUGCACACCUCCAGUCUGCUCCUGGCUCUGGCCUUUGCUUUCACACCUCUAGUGCGAGAAGGAAGAGAGUUCUACCUUUUGUAGGAAGUGAGGCUCGACCCGGCGCUCUCAUCUCCAGACGUGACUCCACUCAUGAACUUUCAUUUGCCAGAGAGCGGAAAACCUUUGUGUUUCUUUUGUUUGUCGUGAAGUGGAAAAGAGCGAGAGCACUGGAAUCAAGAGUGGAUUAUACCUGAGGAGCUGAUCUGCUGAAACUGAACCUGCUGCUGCUGCUGAGAUAUCAGCUCAUUUGACUUCCCUGCCUCGUGGGAGCAGUUUGUUGACUUAAGAAAAAAAAAAAAAUCUGAUUUAAUUUUGAUCCACUUCUUUGAAAUGAAAUGUGAGUUUGACUGCCAACGUGCUGAACGGUGUUUUUGAGGAUAAAGCGGACGAGUCUCGAGAGCGCCUGCUUCCAAAGUCCUCCUCCAAAAGGAAAACCUUGAGCUGUGAGUGUUAACACCUGGGACGACUGAUCAGUGACACUCUGUGGAACCAGGUAAACAUUUGACCUCAUCACCCUCUGAAGGGAUCGGCCCUGAGAACCCGACACGUUUCUCCUCCACAUGUCGAGCGUAGAGUCGUUUUGUAGAUCCAUUGGAUUGUCACGGUGGUUUUGUGGGAACCCAUUUUGUACAUACAAUACGUGAAAAGUGAACUCGGGCCACAGUCUGCUGCUGGUAGGUUGUAACAUAUCGUCUGUAACGUUAGUUUUCGGUGACCGAGGCGUCUCUGCUUCUUCUGUGGUAGCCUCGAUUUAUAAAAUGUGACGGGAGAUACGACUUUAUUGUGUAAUUCUAUUUUAAUGGCAAAGUGCAUUAAUGUUAUCUUAAAGGGAGUUUCCCUCCAGGGACACCAGAAUUAUCCGUAUAAGACCGUGAGAACAUUUAGAAUUAAUGGCUAAAAAAAGUCAAAUGUGUUGUUGGAAUCAUUUGACUUCUUCUAUUAUGUUUUAUUUUAGAUUUUCCACCUAAUUAUAUCCCGUUAAAGAGCGAGAGGACGGAGCUCUGACGAAUCAGGGACGAGCCGAGCGACGCCCAAAGACAAAAGCCAGCUCACGUUAAUUGACGGCAAUUACUGCGGAUGCAAACGGAGGGAAUAGAUGAAAACACUUACAUGGUUCUCAUCAACUUAAUGACACUGUAAUUAUCAGAGAGAUUCCACGAGUGUAGCUGUAAUGAACACGGACGACUUGUUUUGAAACAUCCUCACAUUUGAAGAAACGUCUUGAAUGUGCGUGUGGUUGAAUCCCUGUUGACGUCCGCAGCUAAAACCGAUCGAGACGAUGAUUUCAAAAAAGAACUGUUUGUCUGAUCUGAGGUCAGAUCACAGGCAGUGGAAACACGUCUCAGUGGAGGACAUCUUUAUGUACAGGUAGAAGUCAAAUUUGGUUUUAUCUGUUCAGUGUUUUGCGGAGAAAAAAAAGGUGUAAUAAAAAUAAU